AUGGUGUGCGUGCGGAGUGUGCUCGUCUGCUCGGCAAUUCUCGCGGCCACAGCGGCUAACCCGUGCAAACAACUGCAAAACGGCACCCUCAACAACGAUCAAGGGGUGGAAAACGACGGGGCGUGUUCCUGCCCUGGCGACAAACCCUGUUUGAGGCUUUGCAAUACAAGUCUUGAUGCAGACGGAGGUUUCAAUGAAUCAUUCAGGAACGAAAAUAUAAGCAUUCAGCUGGAAAAUUUGGAGAAGAAUUCCUCCCACCAAGUCCUUCUGUUUGACCACUUUGCGUUAGUUCCCGAGUCAAAUUGCCAGAGAGCAUUAGAAUCUCUAGAAGAAAUAAUUUUCACCGUCAACGGCAGCAUUCAAUCAAGCGACGUCGGAUGGCUGCUCCAUCCAGAAGAGUUUUGUGUUACUCAAAUCAAUGAUUCUCUGGAGGUUUUUGUGUGUUCCAAUUCCAAUGAAGAAAAAGGUUGGCGGUUUUACCUGUAUCCGCCGUUUUUCAUCCUGAGCGCAGUUUGCCUGGCGCUCACCUUGUUCGCCUACCAAUUUUGUCAAGAGACGAAAACGCUGCACGAAAAAGCCAUUUACUGCCAAUCGACCGCCCUUUUCUUCUCGUUCGUCACCCUGACAAUAAAUUACCUCACUGGCGAUACGUCCCAUAUUUAUGUCUGCAAAAUUCUAGCUUACACGAAUUACUUCUUCCUGCUGGCGUCGUUUUUCUGGCUUAAUGUCAUGUGUAUCGACAUUUUCCUCACCUUCAGGAGUUUGACCAGAGUUACUAGACCCAAGUAUUGGCAGGCGUCGAUAUACGCUUGGGGAAUUCCUUUCCUGCUUUUAGUAACCACAAUCGUGUUUGACCAGAAAACUAAAGGGCCCUACAGCCCAGGCAUUGGAGAAAAUUCCUGCUGGUUUAAUGGAAUUUUGGCGGAAGUUAUCUACUUUCACGGGCUUGUGAUGGCUCUGCUGCUGAUAAAUCUAGUUCUAUUUGGAUUAACUGCCUACCAUUUGUGGAUCGUGAGCGCCGAGUCAAAACGCGUCCUGCAAUCACCCGAGAGCGGCAAGCAGAAGGCUUCUUCGGAUCGAACACGGCAGGACAGCGACCGAUUCAUUUUGUUCAUCAAAUUAUUUUUACUGAUGGGAUGCACGUGGCUGAUGGAAAUCGUUUCUUGGGCAGUCGGCGGCGACGAAAGCAUUUGGUAUUUUCCAGACGUGAUCAACAGCACUCGCGGCGUGCUCGUCUUUUGGUUCUGCGUGUGGUCGAAAAAGGCGUUGCGCAAAUCACUGCUUCAAAUGCUCUGCAAAUGCGCGACAAAGGAGAAGAAAGAAGCGAGUGAUCAAAAUUCGACUGAGGUUAAUGUCAACAACUCGUCGUUUUCCGGCAGUUCGUUAACGUUGCAAAGUGAAAGAAUUUUAGCGGAAUUAAUCUACUUCCACGGGCCUGUGAUCGCUCUGCUGCUGAUAAAUUUAGUUUUAUUUGGAUUAACAGCCUACAAUUUGUGGAUCGUGAGCUCCGAGUCAAAACGCGUCCUGCAAUCACCUGAGAGCGGCAAGCAGAAGGCUUCUUCGGAUCAAGCGCUGCAGGAGAGCGACCGGUUCGUUCUGUUCAUCAAAUUGUUUUUACUGAUGGGCUGCACGUGGCUGAUGGAAAUCGUUUCUUGGGCAGUCGGCGGCGACGAGAUCAUCUGGUUCCUGCCGGACGUGAUCAACAGCACUCGCGGCGUGUUCGUCUUUUGGUUCUGCGUGUGGUCCAAAAAGGCGUUGCGCAAAUCGCUGUUCCGGUUUCUCUGCAAAUGUGUGAAAAAUGAGAAGAAACAACUGAGUGAACACAAUUCGACUGAGAUUAUUGUCAACGACACGUCGAUUUAUGGCAGUUACCGUGAGAUAUACGGCCAAUGGUGAAUUACAAGGAAAAUAUUUGUGAAAAAUCCAUUAUGCCUCUACC